AUUCAUUCAACUUCUCCAUCAAAUUUCACAAAAACUCAUCAACAUUCUAAAAUCCCACAAAAAAAAAAAAACUUACUCCAUUUCCCAAGCUUGUGUUCGUUUCUCGAAGUAACUUGCUCGUUGAUGACAUUCUGCUCGUAAGUAGGUUCACAUCGUGUCAAGUGUAUUACACCAAUUGAACGCCUUUCUAGACUUCAGAAUAGCUCCCCCUUUACUUCUCCGAUUUCGUCUUUCAAAAUGGAUUGUGCAUCCAACUGGGAAUACAAGACACUCAUCAAUGAGCUAACUCAAGGGAUUGAACACACAAAGCAACUUAGAGAACACUUCCACUCUACAGCUUCAACUUUUGAGAAUCAAGAAUUGCUUCUUCAGAAGAUUCUUUCUUCUUAUGAGCAAUCUCUGUUGAUUCUCAACUGGGGUGGCUCAACAGUACAAUCCCCGCCGGCUCUACCACCAUCAGCUGGUGCAAUCGAGUAUUCGGUAUCCGUUAAUGGAAGUCCUAAGAGUGAUGACAAGAAAAGGAGUGACCAAGAUCAGCAUGCGCUCAUUAAUAUUUCAAAGAAGAGAAAAUCACAGCCCACAUGGACUGAACAAGUCAAAGUCAGCGCGGAGAGCGGAUUUGAAGGUCCUACUGAUGAUGGAUAUAGCUGGAGAAAGUACGGACAGAAGGAUAUUCUAAGAGCUAAAUAUCCUAGAAGCUACUACAGAUGCACCUAUCGUCACAUGCAAAACUGUUGGGCAACAAAACAUGUGCAGAGAUCAGAUGAUGAUCCGACUGUAUUUGAUAUCACAUACCGAGGCUCCCAUAAUUGUCAUCAUGCUACUUAUUCUGCACCACAACCAACAUCGCCAGAGAAACAAGAAUUCGAAAACCAAGCCGUUUAUCCAACAGGGCAGCAAUAUUCAAAUCAAGUGUUGAUGAAUUUGAGAGCAAACCUGAGAGUCAAUACUAAUGACUUGGACGAGAAUGACCCAGCAGCAUGUCAUUUCUCCUUUGUUCCAACAUUUUCUUCUGGUAUGACAGACGAUAAUCGACAUUUCCAGAUUUCUCAUGUCGAUGACAAUCUGAUAGGUAGCGGCUAUUCACCGUCUUUUGUCUCUCCUACUACCCCUGAAUCAAACUACUUCUCAGUCUCAACCAGCAGCCAGAUGAAUGGUUAUGGAAUGGUUCAUAACUUGCACCAUUCGGAAUCAGACCUCACUGAUAUAUUCUCAGCCAACACUUCCACAACGAGUUCUCCAAUUGUGGGUGAUUUUUCACUUGACCAUUUGGAGCUGGAUCCAAACUUCCCAUUUGGUAACCCCAAAUUUUUCUCAUGAACCUAUACGGUAAUACCCUAGAAAAAGGACAAUAAAGACAAACAGUUAGGAUGUUAUCACCAAGUUACUUUAUUGAGGUCGAUGAUCCUUCCUUUAGGAAUUAGUAUAGAUAUUAUUGUAAAAAUUAACAACAAAUUAGCCACGUAUUAGAAACUAGCUAUCGUAUUUGUACCAAUAGUCUACUGUGUCAAGGGCUGAAACUUCCAGUAUUAGACAUCAAGCUGCUAAGUGAAAUUAAAGCAUAUUCUUGGUUAUUGAACAUUCAAGAUUUUUAAUAAACUACAGACAAACUAUGUCGAGUUUAUCUUUC